UAUGAUACGCCAUAAACCCAACUUCUGUCUCUCACCACUCUCACGCAGUUCACGCACUAAAAAUCUGGAAACCCUCCCCUUUAUAAACCCCCCUCAUCAUCCAUAGUGUCAGCAAUUGCAGCCAAACAUGGCGUCGAUAGCAUCAGUUUCAAUGGACAUGGCCGCUGCCUUUAUGGGAUUAGCUAAAAGCCGCGCGUCUCCGCUUUCCUCUGUAAACGCCACCCUUUUCUUCUGCAGAAACAGACCCAAAAUUGCUGCUCAAACGCGCAAAAUCUUGAGCAGAAGCUGCAGCGCUUCUGCCAAUUCAAGAAUUGUGUUUUCAUCGAAGCAGCCAAGAAAAUGCUUUUCCCGCAGGUUUACUGUCUCUUCCGCCACCACAUCCGCCCCGGAAACUGAGGAUUCUGAUGUUAUGACUAAAAUUCCUCCUGACAAUAGAAUCCCAGCUACCAUUAUCACCGGCUUCUUGGGUUCUGGGAAGACAACCUUGUUAAAUCACAUCUUGACUGCUGAUCAUGGGAAACGCAUUGCAGUUAUUGAAAAUGAGUAUGGUGAAGUUGACAUUGAUGGCUCUCUAGUUGCCGCUAAAGCUGCUGGAGCUGAGGACAUUAUUAUGCUCAACAAUGGGUGUUUGUGUUGCACUGUGAGAGGUGAUCUUGUCCGGAUGAUUUCAGAACUUGUCGCUAAGAAGAAAGGAAAUUUUGAUCAUAUUGUUAUUGAGACAACAGGAUUAGCAAACCCAGCCCCAAUUAUUCAGACAUUUUAUGCUGAGGAUCAGAUUUUUAAUGAUGUUAAACUCGAUGGAGUGGUCACACUUGUUGACGCUAAGCAUGUAGGGUUUCACCUUGAUGAAGUUAAGCCUAAAGGUGUUGUCAAUGAGGCAGUAGAGCAAAUUGCUUAUGCUGACCGCAUCAUUGUAAACAAGACUGAUCUUGUCCGCGAACCAGAGGUUGCUUCUGUGGUUGAACGGAUAAGGAGCAUAAAUCGCAUGGCCCAGCUAAAGCGAACACAGUAUGGACAAGUUGAUUUGGAUUAUGUUCUUGGUAUUGGAGGCUUUGACUUAGAAAGAAUUGAUAGUGCUGUUGAAACUGACCACUCGGAGGAAGAUCAUGCUGUUCACAGCCAUGAACACGAUCACCACCACGAUCACCAUCACCAUCACCAUGACCACGAACACGAACACGACCACGCACAUGAACAUCAUGAUCACCAUUCCCACGACCAUACCCAUGACCCCGGUGUUUCUUCAGUCAGCAUAGUUUGUGAAGGGACCUUGGAUCUUGAAAAGGCCAACAUGUGGCUAGGUACCCUGUUGUUAGAGAGAAGUGAGGACAUAUACCGUAUGAAAGGCCUUCUAUCUGUUGACGGCAUGAAUGAGAGAUUUGUUUUUCAGGGCGUGCACGACAUAUUCCAAGGUUCACCAGACAGGUUAUGGGGCUCGGAUGAACCAAGAAUAAACAAGCUUGUAUUCAUCGGAAAGAACCUUGAUGCAAAGGAAUUGGAGAAGGGGUUUAAGUCCUGUCUACUAUAGUUUGGAGAAGCCAUAGGUUUUGAGUUCUGAAUAGAUGUUCCGUUGUCAUCUCUAGGUCAAUAACACGGUCGAAUGUCCUUGAGCAGACUACAUGUUUAAAACCUUGAUUUAUUACAUCAUUGCUUUUAGUAAAUAUACAGGUCUUGAUCUUUACUA